UAACGUUCCUUGUCUAUCUCUUAGUUUCGAUCUAUCUUCUUAGGGUUUCUCCUCGCUCUCUCUCCGUCAAAGCUCUCGCCUUUAGAUAGACCCAUUCCUCAAUUCGUAACCUCCUCUCUCGAUUCCGUUUAAAAAUCCUAACUUGUGGAGACACCCAUUUGUUUCUCAGGGUGGAAAUGGAAAUCUCAGCUCUUGUCGACAGUAUCUCGUCGUUUCUGAAUCUUUCGUCUUCCAGACAUAUCUAUUUAGACCCUUUUGAUAAAUACUACAAGAGAGUCGAAGAGUUGUUAAGAGUCUUGAAGCCUAUAGCUGAUGCUGCUGUUCUCAACUCUGAUCUUGCUUUGGAGGAAAAACUUUGUAAAUCAUUUCAAGAAUUGAAUCAGGAUGUUGAUCACUCCAGAGACCUUUUCACAAGUUGGCACCCAUUCUCCAGUAAAGUCUAUUUCGUCCUCCAAAUUGAAUCUUUGAUACCAAAGAUGCGAGACACUAUUGUGGAUACUUUCCAGUUUCUCAAAUCUUCUAAGCACGACCUACCUGAUGAGCGGAGUCCAGCUUCCCUCGAGAAAUGUCUAGAGAAGAUAAAGCAUCUUAGUUAUGAAGAAAUAUCUUCCGUCAUUGACAGUGCUCUAAGUGAUCAGAGAGAUGGCGUUGGACCCACCCUAGAGAUCUUAGUAAAAAUUGGAGAAAAUGUCAUAACUUCAAUACUCCCACUCUUUCACAAAAAUGUGACUAUGGUCCAUGAAUUCCAACGGUCAUCUUUGGCCAAGGUCCGCAUCAAUGGCCUUCCUUGCAGCUUUCACCGCCUGGUUGAUAUCUUCAGUGUCGCCUUCAGCUACGUUCACAAUGACUUUCCAUGUGCGUCGAUCAAGAGUCGGGAACGUCUUACUUAA